AAGAGAGGAAAGAGAGAGAGAGAAACAUAAGAGUGCGCGCGCGAGAACCAGACAGUUAGCUCUACUUACUGCGAAUCACAUGUUAUGAAAGCGGAUCUGCUGGAUGUGGAUCAGUACGAAAAUGUGCAGUGAUCCUGUGCGCACAUUGGGAGAUUUGCCGAUCGCGCCACGAUAUGUGCUGUAUGGGAGUCUACUUUGUGUACCGCGCUCUGUGGCUCCGUGUGUGUAUACAUGAUGUGUGACGACAGGGGCCACCGUGAUUUAAGAACACACCAUCGAUUUUCCUUUGACACUCACGCCUUUUUUCCAAUGACGCAAACACAGCCAAUUUAACCAUCAUAUAUCUAGUUAUAUAUAUAUAUGCAAUCGGAUCCCGUAUGGAGGAUAAAAUUUAUAAGGUGACACAGCUUGACGGAUGCAUAGCCUUACCUAUUCUGCGCCGGCAACCGCUGCAGUCCAAUCCGGACGUACCGCGGCAUAUACGGAUAUUAAAGCCUGGCGCACCUUAAUUAGAUCAUUUUUACUUGCGCCCUUUGGAUCUACGUAAUUAUGCGCACAACCGGGAUACAGGUGCGUAAAGGAUUAGCUGAGACAGCAACAACAUUGGAGCACUUGCUUGACGUUCAACAACAAUGGCGACUCUCAUCAUGGCUUAAAGCGAAGCGUGUAAUUAGGGAUGGAUUCCAAUUCGCAUGCAAUAUAAUCGUAUACCUGAAACCGUUAUUCCAGUUUGAAUAAAACGGCAUUGAGGAUCUGUUUUACAUGUUUAUGGCAGUAAUCAGUAUGCAACAUCUAGUUAUGUAGAGAUAUCGACAUCAUUCAACAUGCUGCAUGAAGACGUCAUGGUCAGGAAAGUUUGGCGCGAAUGUUCAGAAUGAAGUUUUUGGGUGGAUUUUUCAGCUCGCUGAUUCGAGCAGUAUCUGGAAUUCGGGAAGCAACCGUCACUGUGCUCGGGCGUAUAGUGAAAUAAAUAUGCCUAUCUGAAAUUCAAAAACUUACAAUCAUGAGUCUGUAAAACCGCAUCCGCUGAAUUAAUGUCUUCAGUUUCGACGGUUCUAGGUACAACGCAACACCCUAUAUAGCUAGCUACCUGCCCAGAAUAUAACCUGAAAGUCUGAAACAUAACUUGUUGUUCUUAGUAAUAAUCGAAAGCAACUGCGCGUUAGUUUCGAUGUUGUAACAGCAAUAUUAUCUUUCGCGAUCUUCAAAAAUCAAGCACUAUAUUCCUAACAAUAGUGCGCUACUGCGCUUAAUAGCACAUUGUUGCUACGGUAAACAAAGGCAGUUACCGUUACUGUAAUUAUUGUUGAAGCAGUGGACUUUAUAAGGACUAGGCUGUAUAUUUAUGCAACAACAACAACUGCGCGUUUUACACUGCUGGUAUACUUAACUAAUAAUUGCUGUGGCUUUUAUUUUAAAAAGGCUUGCGCAUAUUCUUUUUAAAGAAAUUACCGAAGGGAAAAGGUCACUGUCAACUAAGUACUGUGCUUGUAUUCUAAUUACCUUAACUUGCAGCUAGUGAUUGCGCUUUUCAGUACUAUAGCAUUUUAGUAAUAAAAUAUGUUUUUUAGUUGUAAGUAGGCUCAAGACAUAUCAUAUGCAACACUUCUGCUGUAGGCUGUGUAUGCAAGCAUCUAUUAAACAAAAAAAGGUUUUCCGUGGUGUCGGCGGGAGUACUUCCCGUGUACUUUACAUUUUAACAGAAAUAAAUUUUCUGUUAAAAUUUUCUGUCUCUUUCUGACACUUUCUGAAAUUUUUUGUCUCUUUCUGUUAAACUGAGAAGUACACGGGAAGUGCUCCCUCCGUCACCGCAGAAAACCUUCUUUGUUAAACUGAGAAAGUACGCGGGAAGUGCUCCCUCCGUCACCGCAGAAAACCUUUUUUGUUUGAAAAAUGCUUGCACAUAGGUAGUCUACAGAAAAACAGAACUGUAUUGUAUACGGUACGUCUUGCGCCUACUUUACAAUUCACUAAGCAAGGAUUUCAGAGCCAAGAUUUUAUGAGUACGUAGAAUUAAAAAUUAAUUAGAACCAUUACUACGUACACGCACUAAUAAAGGUGCACUUAUAGUACUCACUUUAAUUUUCACAAAUCUCUUACAGUACAGUAACUAGCAACCAGUGUGUAUGUGUAUCUGAUUUUGAGAAGAACUUUUUCCUGAAACUGAAACUGAAUUCGAAAUCUGAAUGGGGUCGCAAAAAAAUGAUCGAGAUGAGACAGCGCAAAAUGUUUUGUCGGAUGUUACUCCUCUUCCGUCUGGUGAAAAUUCUGGAAUCGAAGAACUUCGCCACGAAAGGCCAGAUGUCAAUCAAAUACCAUCUGAAAAAAAUGUCGGCAUGCGAAGCAGCAGCGUUACGAUUAUCAGUCACCGGCACAGUGGUCCCGCGGGGAGCAUAAUGCGAAACGAAGGAAGCAUUAUGGGUGCCGGCAUCCGAAGGUCAUCCAGGGCCCGCAAUAGUUUCAUCAAUCCUGCUCGGGAUUCCCUGACGACCAUACGACAGCGAUCACGACGAAACUCCCUCGGACCAGCUCACGCUCAAAGCUCAUCCGCACGCGCGCCUGAAGAAGACUUUUCUGUGUUUUUUACUGCAAGCAACACAAGUUGUAAGCUGCCCAACAUGAAUGAUCACAGUGUCCAGAAUACGUGGUCAAGGUCUUGGCGAAGCAACUCCUUCUUCAACGGAAGUUUUAGGCACAUUACAUACACAGCAUUACCGUUGCUAAAUCCAGCUUAAGAGAGAAAAUAACCGGCUACAGUUUAAUAUAUUCCAAUGUUGCCGCUUGUAUGUUUGAGUGUUCCUGUAUAUAUAUACCUGCAGGCACAUUCGACAAAAAUCGAAGAAAUUUUUCAAAAUCUGGAUAAUCCAAGUAGCAGUUUUUUGGAGGAUACGCGAAUCGUCUUGUUUCUUAGCGAUGUCCCAGCCAGAAUUGUUAACACUUUCGUUCUGUUGCCUGUUGACACCGCACCUACUGCUACCGUAUAUUCGUCCGGUGAUGUUGCCGCUGUAGCAAAGGAUUUCGUGGAGAAGAUGGUUCAUUUCAGCUUGCUUCUCUCCACACUGUACACACUGGAAGAAGACGAGCAGGUAAAGAAUGUGUCAUGGAGUCUUGAAAAGGCUAUUCUCAAUCCAGAAUUGAUUGACAUUCUGAUCCGUUCGGAGUUGACGUUCCCGGUUUCCGCCUUCCUUCAGUUUUAUCACGGGCCGUUGCAUCUACCGCGAUUAGGCGACGAAUUUGAAUGGGCAUAUCCGCCGGGCUCUACAAAGAAUUAAAGGCGAACUCCACCAACUCCAUAACUAUCUAAUUGUAAUUUGUAAAUUUAAUUUUAUUUAGUUUAGUUACUUUAGUAUUAUUAAUAUUAAGAUCCUCUACGGCUUUUUAAAGCCUACACAAGCCCAAUAAGGUUUUGUUCGGGUCGGUACGCGCGCACAAGCCGUACCAAGCCCGUGACCCGAACCGGUGACACCCGCUGCAAUCCAGGUGUGGUUCAUUGUUCGAUUGACUGGACUCGGUAAAAUUUCAAAACUUCAGUUUAAGCGCGUGAUUGUUAGCGUUUGCACUGUUUGUUGACACUAAUUAGGUAGAUUGGCACGUCGAAGGUUUACAGUGGGAAACGGUAAAUUCUAGCAAACGGUUCUUCCUCCAGUUUUGGUGUACAUUUAAUUUAGACCUACACUGACAUUGUUCUGAGCGAUCCA